UAUAACAAACCCUAACUCCCUCCCAAACGUACGAGUCGGCAGCGAAUUCCCCCAUCUUCUGGAAGCUUUCUCGCAUACUCUCUAUUCUCCGUUCAGAGAAAGAGAGAGAGAGCCCGAUAAAAAGAACGCAUGGGAGAAAGGGAACUGAUUCCACGGUGGGUUGAGGCGGAGCUGCACAGACGGUGUUCCAUGGCGGUGGUUUACCGAAGAAGACGCCGUGGCAUCCGGCGGUCCGGCGCGGCGGCGCAUAGCGGAGUGUUUCGGAGUUCAUUUCUGUUUGAGUGUUUCGAAGAAGAAGAAGAAGAAGAAAGAGAAGAAGAAGGAGAAGAAGGAAGGUCACCACAACAACCGCGAUAGAUGUAGUAGUAGCGACAACUAUUAGAUCUCAACUAUCGCUCAUAAGAUCGAGCACCAGCCGAGAAGAGACGUUGCCGAUGACGGCGGUGAUGGUUGCUCCGGGAAAGCCAGGAGAUUGAGAGCAGAAGCGCAACGAUGAUAAGUUUGAGUUGCAGAGAAGGCGCCAUUAACGGAGAAUCGAGAGGUGUAGAGAUGAAUAAUGGUGAAAAAAACGAUGGUGGUUGGAGUUGCGAUGGAGUUUCCUGCCUUUGGCGGUGCCGGUCUAUCAUUGCCGUAAACUUUGCUGCAGAAGCUCCGCUGGAGACUCACGAAAACGAUGGAGUCUCCGUCAAGUGUUAAGAAAAGAAGAUUAGAUGUCAAAAUUAUGGAAAACCAAUGCAAAGGAUAUUGACCAUUAGUCUAUAUGAUUACUGUUUGGAGAAAUCUUAGGGAAGGAGGAACUCUUUUGGGUUUACCAUUGACGGUUUGGCGUAUUUGGAAUUGGAUUUUUUGCGGCUCUACUGGAUAUUGGGCUUCUGGGUACGUUUUAUCGCUGCUGGAACUGACCUUUCUGCAGAGGGGCUAUGUCUUGGUUGUGCAGAAAGAAGGCAAUGCGGGUCUCUCUUGUGCGAUAGCAGCCUACUGGUACGGGUGUUUUUUGCCCCGUCAAACCGGAGCCCCGACUUAGCCGUCUAAAAAACAUGGUGAGCCAAUUUGAGAGUAUUCAUUUUGUUUUUAGUAAAAAAUAUUUGAAUUUUUUAGUAAAGUUGAAAUUGGAAGUGUGCAUCUAGAUCUGACUUAAUUUGUUUUGGAUCUUUAUACUAUUUUACUUCCAGAUUGAGUGUUGCAAGGGCUUUUUUUGUAAUGUUUUAAGUUUUGUUUGUAUUUGUUGCGUAUGAUGCAGAGAUUAUGUACCGACAAAGUGUGAUUAUGGCUCAGCAGAGGCAACGACCUCCUCAAGUACCCGAGUUCAGGCUACCUCAAGAAUGGACGUACUGAAAAAACGAAUUAGGAAAUGUUAGCUAAAUAUAGCGUAUAAUAUAGGAUACAAGAUUUUGAGAAUGAGUUUUAGUGUUGAACUAGAAAAGUGUCCCGCGCGCGUUGCGUCGCGGGCAAAGAAAUUGACAACAUCUAGGCAUAAAGUCUUGGUUGCAGCUCAUGCAUCGAACUUGAUGGAAAUAUAAAUCUAGCCCCCGCCGCAUUGCGGCGGGUUACUUUUCUAGUUA